GGGUCCUUCCCACAGCAGGCUGCUUCUGAUGCGAUUGGUCUCCGGAGUUCACCGAAUUGCAGACUGCCGCUGCCCUGGAGCCAAAGCACAGGGAUUCACUCUCAAAGAAAGAGAGCGCAGCAUAAAACAUACAGACAUCUACAGUCUGAGGUGCUUGCAGACAAACCACAUGGGGACACAGACUUGCAAGAGAACGCUUUAAGGCAUCAAAUCUGUUGUGCACCUUGUAAACUCUUCUUCUAACAGUGGUUUGACAAAGGGUUGAAUAUUCGCUGGACUUAUAAGUAUCUGACUUAUCUCUGACUGCUUUAGUCAGAGGCAAUUCUGAACAACCAAAAGCCUGGGAAUCCCAGACAUCUGAGAAGAGCAGAUCCUUUGGAACCGUUCUCUGCAAGACUGAUUUUGAGAGAGGUAUCGGACGUCAGACAAAGUCUCCUGAGACAAGAAGACCACAUAAUUAGAGCAUUUUAAAGACUCUUUCAGACAGUGGCAGCUAAUAAGGACCACAAACAAGACACCUGAAAAGACAAGACACCCUGCAAUACCUCUUCUGGACUUCCGUCAUCUGUUAUAUACCUUUGAGAAAUUGGGGGUUUGAGAAAGGGCUGAAGAUCCUGUGGAAUUGUAUCCCAGGACUGUUUCAAAUAGAUGUCCUUGAAGCAAAAGCCCAGAAAGUCUUAGAAAAAAACAGAUGUUUAAGAAAAGGAGAUCUCCUCAACCUUUAAAGUGACCAUUGUGAACCUUUCAAGAAGAAACAGAACUCUGAGAAGUGAAGAUCUCUAGGACCCCUUUUUUGAAAGACUGUUUCUGAGAGUGGUAACAAACCACAAUCAAAAUUCAAGACAACAUCAGACUUGCACAUUAAAGACUAUUUCGGACAGUGGCAGCAAAGAAGAACCACGAGGUACUUUGGACUCUUAUUCCUCCUUGCCCUCUCAAACAGUCAGUAGGUAAACGACCAAAGAAAGCUCUCAAAAAGAGGAGAUACCCUGGACAUUCUCCAACCCUGUGUGUCCUGUUCCUCAUCUAAACAGGAACAUCCCGUGCCCCGUCAGUGCCCUUUCUGCUUUGGGACUACCUGCUGGUCCUCACCAGAAGCAUGCAGGUGUCGUUUGUGUGCACAGACCACCGGGCUGUAAGCCGCAGCACGGAGGACCGUCUGAACCGCCAAAAUGCCAGCAGUCCCAGCCUGGGUACCAAGAACAAGUUCCGUGCCGUGGCCAUGGUGGCCCGCAGCCUGGGACACCUCUCCGUCCAGAACGUGCCCUCCUCUAGUGACCACUGUGUGAGGACCGGCAUGAAGUAUAGAAACCUUGGGAAGUCUGGUCUACGGGUGUCCUGCCUAGGGCUUGGCACCUGGGUAACCUUUGGAGGACAAAUCACAGAUGAGGUAGCGGAGCAGAUGAUGACGCUGGCGUACGAGAACGGGAUCAAUCUGUUUGACACAGCUGAAGUGUACGCUGCGGGCAAGGCUGAAAUGGUGCUUGGCAGUAUCAUAAAGAAGAAAGGAUGGAGGCGCUCCAGUUUGGUUAUUACAACGAAAAUCUACUGGGGUGGAAAAGCAGAAACAGAAAGAGGCUUAUCUAGAAAACAUAUAAUAGAAGGUCUAAAAUCAUCUUUGGAGAGACUGCAGUUAGAGUAUGUUGAUGUAGUGUUCGCUAACAGACCGGACCCCAACACACCAAUGGAAGGAGAUCCAUUUAACACAUCAAAAGCAAGAACAUUCAUCAUAGAAGAGACGGUGCGAGCCAUGACCCACGUGAUUAACCAAGGCAUGGCCAUGUACUGGGGGACGUCUCGCUGGAGCCCUAUGGAAAUCAUGGAGGCGUACUCAGUGGCCCGGCAGUUUAACCUGAUCCCCCCUAUAUGUGAGCAGGCCGAGUACCACAUGUUCCAGAGGGAGAAAGUGGAAGUGCAACUGCCUGAGCUCUUCCACAAGAUAGGCGUGGGUGCCAUGACGUGGUCCCCUCUGGCCUGUGGGAUCAUCUCUGGGAAAUAUGACAGUGGUGUGCCCCCUUACUCACGUGCCUCUCUGAAGGGCUACCAGUGGAUGAAAGACAAGAUCCUGAGUGAGGAAGGCCGGCGUCAGCAGGCGAAGCUGAAAGAGCUGCAGGCCAUCGCGGAGCGGCUGGGCUGCACACUGCCCCAGCUGGCUAUCGCAUGGUGUCUGAGAAACGAGGGUGUGAGCUCUGUGCUACUGGGGGCAUCGAACACUGACCAGCUGAUGGAGAACAUCGGAGCCAUACAGGUUGUUCCAAAGUUAUCCUCAUCAAUCACCCACGAGGUGGACAGUAUUCUAGGAAACAAGCCGUACAGUAAAAAGGACUACAGGUCCUAAAGGAAAAGCGUUCCUCUGCUCUUCUGUCUGCCUGAGCUUUACACUACUGAAUGAGAUGUUGGCACACUGGACUGGCACGGUCACAGGUCCUGCUGGACAGGCCAACACACACACACACUCAACGGAGUCAGCUGAUCCUAGCUGGGAGAAAUAAACAAGCUGCAGAACGGGAAACGAGUGGGAGAGAGAGGGGCAAACGUGGACACAGAUCUGACAGAGACCACCUCAACAAGAAGAACACUUACAACCUUUAAACCAGAGGAGAAGCACUGAAACAACACACACUCAUUUAUUCACCCGCUCUUUCUCUUUCUCUUUUAGACAGUGUCUAACAAACACACAACACCUAACAGCUGGAGGUCCUGAGGAAGGCCUGUACCUGUUCUAUUACUGCAUGUGAUUCACAGGCUAAAACACAUGCUUUCUGUCUUUUUCCCUCCAGAUAUAACCUGUUUAGAAAUGCUAUUGGGAAAUGAAGACAAUAUCAUUUAUUUAUAUUUACUGUGAGUGUUGAGAUUACUCAAAAAGUAAUUCUUAAAUGAUUACUCAGAACUUAUAACAAAAAAAAUUAAUGAGAUUGGUUGCUUUACUCAUUACUUUCUUAAAUGCAAAUUUCACUCCUCAUUAUGUAGUUAUGUAGUAAAGUCACAUUCUAAAACCCAUACAAAUCUUUAUAAAAUCAGUGCUACGAGCUAAUCUGGACAGUACAGCCAUAAUAGACAUUAGUUUUUAAUUUGUUUUGCUUUAUUUAAGAACAAAAUGUAGCAGGAGUUGCAACAUUAAAGAUGUACAAAAUUUGUUUAA